UCAAAAUGUCAGCCUCCUGGUGCUACAUGAGAAAAUUUUACACAGACUUUUCAAUUAAGCUUUACAAGCCUUUCACAGUCCGUACAUCGAUUUGUAGGUACACCUCAUGUAGAUUGUGCUAUACAGACAACAGCAACAAAGGAGUCUCUGAAAAGAAGAAUGUCAGACCACAGAAAGGUGCAGUUACUUAUGAAUCAGCAAUGUAUGAUAUACCAACUCAACCAGGAGACAAAAAAGAUGUUUCUUGUCCAUUACCCAGAAGUUACAGCCCCGAUUUUGUGGAAGCAGCUUGGUAUGACUGGUGGGUCGCCCAAAGGUUUUUUACACCAGAGUAUGGGGAGGAAAAGGGAAGCCCUAGGCAGAAGUUUGUGAUGUGUCUCCCACCCCCAAAUGUGACAGGGACAUUACAUCUGGGUCAUGCUAUUACAAACACCAUUCAAGAUGCUCUUGUGAGAUGGCAUAGAAUGAGAGGUUACGAGACUCUGUGGCUCCCGGGCUGUGACCACGCAGGAAUCGCCACUCAAGUUGUGGUGGAGAAGAAACUGUGGAAGGAGAAACGGCAGACACGGCAUGAUAUUGGCCGUGAGGCAAUCAUCCAGGAAGUGUGGAAAUGGAAGGAAAGCAAAGGAGAAACAAUUUAUGAUCAGUUGAAGAAAUUAGGAUCCUCUUUGGACUGGGACAGAGCUUGCUUCACCCUUGAUAAGAAUUUGUCAGAGGCAGUGACUGAGGCCUUUGUCAAACUUCAUGAUGAGGGACUGAUCUACAGAAAAAACAAAAUGGUCAAUUGGUCUUGCCAGUUACAGUCUGUGAUUUCAGAUAUUGAGGUUGAGAAUAUACAUUUAUCCAAGAGAACACAAAUCAACAUUCCUGGGUAUCAGGAGAGAGUGGAGUUUGGAGCCAUGACCUCAUUUGUAUAUCCAGUGGUGGGCAAAGACGAGGAAAUCAUAGUUUCCACCACUAGACCAGAGACCAUGCUUGGUGACACUGCUGUUGCAGUACACCCCAUUGAUUUACGCUAUCGACAUUUGCAUGGCUGUUCUGUUCUACACCCCAUUGAUGGACGACAUCUUCCCAUCAUCUGUGAUGAGAGUGUUGACAUUGAAUUUGGAACUGGGGCUGUGAAGAUCACUCCGGCCCAUGAUAAAACAGACCAUGACAUAGGGCGGCGACACGGCCUGCCUUCAAUGUCAGUCAUCAGUCGCUCUGGUCUCAUGGAGAAUGUAGAUGCGCCAUACCUGGGGAUGAAAAGAUUUGAUGCUAGGAAGGAAGUUCUGGGGGAUCUAAAGAGGCGGAACCUGUACCGGGGCUCCAAGAGUCAUCCCAUGACCCUGCCCAUCUGUAGUCGUUCCAAAGAUGUUAUUGAGCCCCUGGAAAUGGAGCAAUGGUUUGUCAACAUGGAAGAAAUGUCACAAAUGGGAAUCAAUGCAGUGAAAACCAAGCAGCUCACAUUUGUGCCGGAAUAUCAUCAAAAAGUCUGGUUCAAUUGGCUCAAGAGUGCAGAGGAGUGGUGUAUCUCCCGACAGCUGUGGUGGGGGCAUAGAAUCCCCGCCUAUCUAGCUUUUGAUAAAAACAAGGGUCCAGAGAAAAAUGUUUGGGUGGCAGCAAGGACGCAACAGGAGGCCAUCACAAAAGCAGCUCGAUUACUAAACCUUGGCAAGGAAGAAGAUGUUGUCAUAAAACAAGAUGAAGAUGUACUGGAUACCUGGUUUUCCUCUGGAUUGUUUCCAUUCUCACCUUUGGGGUGGCCAAAUCAGACAGAUGAUUUGAACAAAUACUAUCCCAUAAGUCUCAUGGAGACAGGAAGUGACAUUCUGUUUUUCUGGGUCGCUAGGAUGGUGAUGUUGGGGAUGAAAUUAACCAAUCAGCUACCAUUUUCUAAGGUGCUGCUUCAUGGGUUAUUAAGAGAUGCCCAUGGACGGAAAAUGAGUAAAUCUUUAGGGAAUGUGAUCGAUCCAUUAGACGUCAUAUCUGGUAUCACUCUGGAGGACUUGCAUAAGAAGGUGGAGGAGAGCAACUUGGCCCCACAUGAAGUGGAGACGGCCAAGGAGGGUCAGAGGAGGGACUUUCCGAACGGAAUCCCCGCCUGUGGCACAGAUGCCCUCAGAUUCAUGUUGUGUUCCUACAACUUUAAAGAUGAUGAAAUCCCAAUGAAUGUAGAACAUGUCCAGGCUAAGAGACACUUUUGUAACAAAAUCUGGAAUGGCUUUAAGUUUGUGACCAGCUAUACAGACACAGCUGUGGACCUCCGUGUACCGCUGUCCCAGGGGGUGGAUGUGAUGGACAAAUGGAUCCUGAGUCGCCUCAGUAACUUAGUGGACCUCUGCCAUGAGGGAUUCUUGUCUCAUGAUCUACAGUUUUGCACUAAAGCUUUACAGAAUUUCUUGGUGGGAGAUUUCUGUGAUAUAUACCUGGAAUAUUCUAAGCACAUUCUGAGUGGUGACAAUGAGGCUCACAAGGAGAGCACCAUUCAGCUACUGUGUCUGUGCAUGGACACGUUUCUGCGGGCUCUCAGUCCCUUCAUGCCGUACCUGUCAGAGGAACUGUAUCAGAGACUGCUGGUCAAGGACAAGGCGGUCAGCAUCUGUGUGGCCCGCUACCCAGACACAACACAGUUUCCAUACAGAGACAGGGAGACAGAGAUGCUUGUUGACCAGGUAAAGGCUAUAGUGACCCAAGUUUUAUCUGUCUCCAGCCGCUACAGUGUCAGGAGCAGUCUCCUGAAAGUUUGCAUCAGAGUGUCUCCAGAGAGUGGCUUGACCAAUCCAAGUCUGGUCCGGGCGGUACAGAUCCUGACUCGGUGUCAGUCGGUAGAAAUCGUAGUAUCCUCCAACAUCCCAGCAGACUACACUGUGUAUCACCUUGACAACCAAACAGAUGUCGGCCUAUUUUUAAAGGGCAUGAUUGAUGUCAACGUGGAAACAGACAAAAUUAACCAAAAACUUGGAAAAUUAGAGAAAAAGUUCGCCCAACUGAUAAAAACGUCAGAGAAAGCGUCCAAAAUGACAUCAGAGAAACAUCAGAAACUCCAAAACGAGGUAAUCAGAACAAGGUUCUUGUUUCUUAGGAGUUAUGUAAUAUCCACAACUAAUAUCAGAGAGCAAGGUACAGUCAAUAAAUAUUAUAUAUACAUGAAACAUCUUCAGCACAUAUUUACAACAACGCAUGUACAUCUUUCUGAAAAUAUUUUGUGUCUCAAUAUAAUCAUAAUGUCACUUUUUUAUCAUUUCCGUUUAUGCGCAUUGUGUUGUAGUUUUUGAUUUGCUUUUUGCUAUUUUAUUAGAUCUCCGACACAGAAGAGAUGAUAAAAAGACUUAAGGACAGCAUUAAAGAAUUGGAGGCUAUGCGUGAUGGCAUGUAAGACUAGAAAUUAACAUCACAAGAUGGUUGGCAACAAAGCAAAAGGCACGCGUUGUGUCCGGUAGGACAGUCAUUUGCAGACAGUAAAAUUUGAUUGAUUUUGCCUUUU